AUGUGGCGGAGCGCAGGGGGUGUUAGCGCGGCUGGGGGUGGGCAGGGAGAUCGGGAGGCGAAGUCGACGAUCCGGCGCCAGAGAGCAAGCGGCGGGAGACGGACUGAUGAUCCGACAGUGUUUCUUUUGUCCAGCUGCACAUGGAGACGCCCAGAUUCCAAGUACUGUGACCGCCAUCCUCAAGGUUGGGACAUUCUGCCGCCUACGCGCUCAGCCCAGUUGACGACGAGAGGCACCUUUAGCUUCAAGUUCGGGCGAAUCGACAUCCGGGCCAAGACAGCGGCGGGAGACUGGCUGAUGUCAAAGCUGGUGCUGGAUCCGAAGGCGUCCGCGUAUGGGAGCAUUCCCUUCGAGUCCGGGCGCAUGGAGAUGCUGCGAUCGCGGGGCAACGCCGACGUGCUGGAGCCCUCGGGCUGGCAGCUCGGGGCGCGCCUCAACGACCCGCAGGCCGACAUCCGCGCCUGCGACCGCAACCUCUGGCUCUACAAGAACUGCCCCCUCAACUACGGCAAGCUCUACUCCGAGGAGAUGCGCGUCUUUUCUUUGGUGUGGACGCCCGAAUCCAUUACAAUGACAAUUGAUGGCGAAUGCGAACAUAUCAUAAGGCCACCCGCUGGAGGAUUCUUAAAGCACGAUCGGUUAAGAGAUGAAUGUUACGAUAGUCUCCUAGAGCGAGGAACACAUAUGGCGCCUUUUGAUAAAGAAUUUUACAUCUACAUCGGUCUUUUGGUAGCCGGAUUCAAUAACUAUUUAAAUGAAGUUAUCAGUAAAGGUAACCCUAAACCCUGGAAUGACCGUGAUCCAAGGGCAUGGCUUAAGUUCUGGCAGCAGAGACACCUGUGGGAACCAACAUGGAUUUCAGAUAUGGAAGUAGACUAUGUUAAAGUUUGGGCCUUGUGAUACAGCGAAUCUAUGUUCCAUCAUACAAGAAAUAAUUAAUUUUUAUUUAUAAUGUUUUAUUGUGUUUAAUUUUAUUUAUGUUUCUGUAGACGCAUAGACUAAAUCCAAGCGAUUUCUUGAGAUAUCGUAUAAAAAUAACACACCAUUUCUAACAUACUUAACAUUUUUUACACACUUCCCGGUUUCUCUUAUUUAUUUAUAUGCAAUAACACACCAUUACUCACAUUGAAUUAUUUUCAAUGUAUGAACAUUUUAUUUGUAAUGUUAACAACUACCUUUUAGUGAUAUUUACGAAUAUUUGCUAGAAGAAUGAAUUAAUAUUUCUUAUACAUUUUCUUUAUUGAUGAAUCAAGUCUAUUUGUUUCUUAAAUGACAGUCAGAUUGUGACAUAUACAUUUUAAUAUUGUUAGUACCCAAUUUGCAAAGGAGAAAUGUAAUGUAAAAUCUAUCACAUAACCUGUCAUCUGAAACAAAUUGUUAUCACAUAUUAGUUUAAGCAACACGGCGUGGAAGGGUGAAAAUAAUCUCCAUAUCUUUAUUUAUAUUUUCAUAUUAUAUAACUUUUCACUUUAUAAUUAUGUGCUCUGGGUGUGCAAGUGGUACAUUUACUGUCGCAGCAAGCCAUAUAUUUUACUAGUGAUAAAUAUUUAUUUAUGGCAUUCAUUUCUAGGAAAAUGUGUUUAAUUUUUUUCUUUUUUAACUAGCUGAAAAACGCGACAUUUAUUAUCGGUAGGGAACUAGCUUGCAUGGAAAUACAUAUUUUUAAAACAAGAAGAUUUUUGCAUUCAUAUAUGUUUAGAGUAUGGACGAUAGUCUAAAUAAAUUAAAAUCAUUUUAAUUUACUUUUUCUCACAUAUUUUGGUAUAAUUUCAUAUUUCGUUAUAUUCGAAUAUAUUUACAUAUCAGAACAAAUUCUCUUGGGUUCGAGUUGGCCAAUAGUUUACGAUUCCGGGAUUGUCGUGAAACAAAACAGUGGAAUACCGCGUUUCUGUAACCCGAUUUUUGCCGCGAUAUCAAAUUUGACCUACGCUUCUCAAAAUUUGGUAAAAUAGAGAACAAGUGAAUGUUAGCAAGCAGAAGUAAUCGCAAUUGCAUGGUUCC